AUGGACUUGAUAUCGACUGGAAUAGAUGUGAUAGACCGUCUCGAGAAAAUAGAGAAGUUAACACAAGACGCAAAGCGGAUCAUUGAAAUGAGCGAAUCUGUUGCUGCGCGUAACGUAUUUACUGUAGACGAGGUGAUCAACUACGCAGAAAAGAUCAGUGGCUCUGUCGCAAAACAACCGUUUUACCCGAAGAUGAAAAACAGUUACCCGUAUCCACAACACGUUUCGUGCUCUGACAGUUUCAAUCCAGACCUUAUCGAGAAUGUCGGGUGGAAUAGACUUGACACAAACAACGAUCUUUCCGAAGAAGAAAAGUCAAAGAUUGGCACAAUGGUAAUUGAGGAAGACGAACAACACAUCCUCCCCGAAAGCACAGAUUCUGAAGAGAUCCUGUAA